AUGGCUUCACUGUGGAACUACCUGUCCCUGCCCACCGCAUUCUUCACCUCGCCGGUCGCUGCGAUCCUCACUCCAGUGACCGCAGGCGCACUGGUUGGAUACACGACAACUUCUGUCAGCGACACUCAGUCCAUAUACAAAGCCCUUCGCCAACCCCCUCUCUAUCCCCCCGGUUGGGUCUUCGGUCCUGUCUGGACAAUGCUCUACAGCGCCAUGGGCUACGCCAGCUACCGCGCCACCAUCGCCGGCCUCUCCUCACCUUCUCCCACGAUCCGCGAACUAGCGUACACCUCGCAAACACUAUACACAAUCCAACUAGCCACCAAUCUCAUUUGGAUGCCCCUCUUUUUCGGAAUGCGCAAACCCUUGACUGCACUUGCGGAUAUUCUAGUCGUGGGGGGAAGUGUGUUAGCGUUGGCGAAUAAUUAUCGCAAGAUUGAUGAUGUUUCUUUCUGGCUAUUGGUGCCUUACUUGGGCUGGUUGGGGUUUGCGACGUAUUUGAAUUUCGGGGUGGGAUAUUUGAACGAUUGGGAUAUCACGGAUGAGAAGAUUGGUCGUUCGAAGAGAAAGUAA